CCAUGAUGAUAUUGAAUUAAUUAAUUUACAAUCACGACAAUAAAUACGGUCGAUUUCAAAUAUAAAACAAUAUGAGUGAGAUAUUCGAACUGUUCAAGAAAUGUUUGUAGAAUCAAUUCGCACAACAGAUCACACUCAUGUACACAAUGUUUUUGUGGUUUUAUAAUAAAUGCACUCCAUAAUUAAUUUUCAAUAUUUAUUCAUUGUACAACUUUGGAUAAAUUUUUUUAAAGAUUUAUAUUUCAUUUUAAGACAUUUGUAUGCAUGUUAAUGUAACAGUUUCAACUUGGACUCCGUUUUGUUACAUUUUUUUUUUUCAAAUUCAUGAUUUAGAUUUUUAUUUAUUUAAUUUGAAAUUCAUAUCAUUGUUGAAGAUAACUGAUGAUGCACAACAAUACUCAUACAUGUAAAAUACACUAUAGUCUGUUGAUCACUCGGGCGGAAAACUUAAGAAAUGUUGGGUGACCUAUCAAAUGUUGAUAAAGUGGGGGUACACCCUGUCUUCUAUCGACCUAUCUUAAUCCCCGGCCGUCAAGACCCACUGGGGUAGGACAAAACCCUAAGUAAAAAAGUAAGAUUGGGGAUAUUAACGAGAUUGUUAAGUCACCCAUGACUGAUUUAUUGACAGUUUGAAUCUUAAUAUUUUCAUUUUCAAUCUUAAUAUUUUCAAACAUGGAUACAUCAUGGACUUUACUGGCUUAGAAGUUAGAUUAAAUCUAUUCUCAGUUUAUGAUCACAAAGUCUGACCCGUAGGACAUAAUUCAAUGGAGGUGAACAAUAAGUACAGAAUGGUCACUCAUUCUGUCUGUAUAAACCUUGUUACUGAAAUCAUGAUUGAAUAUUCCACAUUUUCCUUUGCAGUUGAGGUUGAGCACUUUGACGUGACAUCGAAGUGUUGACUUGCUAGUAGCCAGUAUGCCCCCGCCUAAGAAGCCUAAAAGUGGACCCACAUCGAUAGAGCAAUUCAUGUCGACUGACGAGAUCAGAACGCCAAUUGAUGACGAAGAUAUGCGAGAAAGAACUGGCUCUUGUUCUUCCGACGUGUCAGUAAUUUCAGAAAAAAUCGAGGACGACAAGGAAUCGCAUAUGUACCUGGAUGAAAAAAGCCCCUCUGGGUUGAAACUAUUAAGACACCUGAUUACCAAGAAAGUGGAGGAGGAGCAGCGCGUCCCGGGUUCGUGUUCUAGUGGUAGAAGUUCAUGUCAAAGUCUGUCUCCAACCAACGAGUCAGACGACACCUCACGUGAGGACUCCCGCGCGAGUGCAACGGCCAGCCUCACGAUGGAGGAACGCAAGAAGCAUCCUCCCAGCGCCUCCUCGCCGAUUUCUCCCAUGGCAGGAAGCGUGUUGCCUCCCUUCGGGAACAGCGGUAACCCACAAACUGCGGCUACGUCAGUGCGAGGAAGCGAGCGGCUUAUUAACAGUAUGGUGGCUUCUGGUUUAAUGUCUGGUGGUUUUCCGACAAGUCCCACUACGACCACAUACUCCGCUUAUUUCCCCUCGUAUCUCUACGGACAGUCUCUGCAAAGUUCCUACUACCUUAACAAUUACGACUCGGAACCUAGGGACUUGUCUACCGGUAAAAUACAAAAGGAGAAUCAGAGCCGGGAGAGACUGUUUGAUCGUGGUUCCAUAGACUCUCAAGUUCACCGAGAUAUUGAACAACGACUUUCCGCCCAUUUUGGACUCGGGUCGUACGACUCGCUAACCAAUCGUAAAGAUUUAGAUUCACGGAAGAACUUGGUUGGAAUUCUGACGGAGCCAAGGUACAACCAUCUGCGGUUUCCGCUGAGUCCUGUCGACAGAGAGACAGCGUCAUUCCCGUUCUUCGUCAAUGGCUACGAGUCCAGGAGAGAGUCCAUUGAUAAACUGGUUCCCAAGGAGGAGAAUCAUGGUCCCCACCAUUCGCCUGGAAUGAUGCCUCAGGGGAGCUUUCUAUCCAUGCCUUAUAUGAUGCAUAAUCAAGUCCCUUCCUCCACUACCCUGGAGUUCCGGGACCAUGAUGGACGUAUCCUGCCACUAUUAGACCCUUCCCUCUCAUUCGCAGAUGGACGGAAAUUAAAGCAUAGUGCAGUUGCAGGUCAUGGCCCUAACAAGCUUUGUCAGGUGUGCAGUGACAAUGCCUCGGGGUUCCACUAUGGGGUAUGGUCGUGUGAGGGCUGCAAAGCAUUCUUCAAAAGAAGUAUACAAGGGCCUGUGGAUUACGUAUGCCCGGCCACUAAUACAUGCACUAUAGACAAGCACCGGAGGAAAUCCUGUCAGGCAUGCAGAUUACGCAAGUGUUAUGAAGUUGGAAUGAACAAAGGAAGUCAAAGAAAGGAGAGAAAAGGGAGUAUUUCUAUGUCCAAGCCAGCGGCCACCAAACGGAGUCGUGCUGACUCGUCCGACAACACGGUCAAUUCGACCAGCGGUAGCCCCAACCCCGCCAAGUCGGCCAGGAAAUCUCAGACUGUGACCAUUCUUCAGGCGUUAAGCAAAGCCGCUCUACCUGUCCUGGAGAGCCACCAUAACCAUGGUCAGCCUCCAACCAAAGUCCACCUCCUCAAUUCCCUGGUCAAGCUGGCUGAAAGGGAGUUGGUGCACCUCAUCAACUGGGCCAAAAAUGUCCCAGGUUACACGGAUCUGUCACUCAGUGAUCAGGUGCAUCUGAUUGAGUGUUGCUGGAUGGAACUCCUCCUCUUAAAUUGUGCAUUUAGGUCCAUUGAACAUGGGGGCAAAAGUCUGGCCUUUGCCCCAGAUCUUGUUUUAGACAGGUCGUCGUGGAGCACCAUUGAAAUGGGGGAGAUCUUUGAGCAAGUGGCGGCCGUGUCAGAACAAAUGAUGCACAACCAUCUCCACAAAGAUGAAAUGCUUCUGUUACAAGCCAUGGUGCUUGUUAAUGCAGAAGUGCGACGACUAGCCAGCUAUAAUCAGAUCUACAACAUGCAGCAGUCUCUUCUGGACGCCAUUGUGGACACUGCACAAAAAUAUCACCCUGACAACGUGCGGCACAUCCCGUCAGUUCUGUUAUUGCUGACGCAUAUAAGGCAGGCAGGGGAACGAGGAAUUGCGUACUUUCAGAGACUCAAGUCCGAGGGCAUUGUGACUUUUUGUGAUUUACUGAAAGAAAUGUUAGAUGCCCAGGACUUCUUAGAGAAGAAAUCUUCAAAUGAAGGAGAUUAAAAAGGUGUAUGUGUUUUGUCUCAAUCACCGUAGUGAUUCUGUAACUAUAGUGAUAUUUUGACAACUUUGGCAGAUGCAAUUAUAUGUACAUGUAUAUAUAAUUAUAUAUAUAUAUACACAGCAGAGAUGAUGAAUUGGAACUUUAUGCAUUUAUGGUAAGAAUGGCAUAUGUAUAUAUAGAAAUUGAAGGUUAUGUUUACGGAUGUUACAAUUACACUGUGUAUGAGUUGCUUACUGAAUUCCUAUUGUUACCAUGGUUACUUUGUGUCAACAUUUGGCAGGUUUUUUUUCUUUCUCUUGUUACUAUCAAUUAGCUAUUUCUUAUUCUAAGAUACAUAGACUGUGUGUUUUGCCCAGGAUUUUUAUUUUUGAGCAGCUAAAUGUCUGUUAAAAUGAAGAAGCAUAUUUUCAUACUUACAUUGGCUCACGAUCUGUGUUUGAACAUAUAUGUGCUGCUCUUUGAACAAAGUAUUAUGUACAGAUCUAUUGGAAGAUUUUUGUUAAGAAAGACAUAAAUAGUUAAAGAAGGUUUUGUUUGUCAACAUAUCUUCAUCAUCAAACAUCUCAUUUUCAUCAUAAGACAAAACAUCUUACACAGAGGAUGCAUUGUGUGUCAUUGCCCUUUUUUUCAUAAUAAGGAUGGAAAUUCAGCAAGCAAGCGUUUGUGUUACUCAGUUGUCUUUUUUUUUUUGAACAGCUGGAAAUGUGUGUCCAGCUCUAAACAUUUCUGAGAUGUGAACUAUGUUUAUAAAUAGGGAGAACAAAUUGUUAUUUAUAUGUAUACAGUAAUAUGUUUUGUAGCAGCUGAAAGCUGUAAGGGGGAGAAUUUCACCAUAUGUCAAACAGGGGGCGUGUUAGAAAGAUGGCUUAACAAGCACACACACACACACAUACAGCACUUGUAGAUUUUUAUUAUGUAUAGAAAAUGUGGUUCUCUGUAAAGAGUUGUCUUCUCUUGUUAAACUUGAAUGUCACUGCUUUAUGUGUGUAGUAAUUUGACUGUAUAUAAUUCACGGCGCUGUGUUCACAUUGCAUUGUUAGAUGGUGGAUAUGUCGAAUUAAAAAAAUCACCUCAGACAAACGGGGAUUUUCUCUCUCCAGAUUUUGUCAUGAGUGAAAAGUACUUUCUGGUCGAUAAUUGUAGAAUGGUGGAUGUUUAACGUAAGCUUGUCAUAUCACAAUCGAUUUUAAAUUUGAGUUUUAUGAUAUCCACAUUUUAAACAAGUAUAUUGACAGAUUUACUUGAAAACUUCGUAAAACAUUGCAGUAGUUCAUGAUUUUUUUCCCUAUUGUACAUGAAAUUUGAUCAAUAUUUAAUUGGGUCAAAAUUGAUGCAGUUUAUAGUUUUAAUCCAGGUUUCCUGUAUUUUUGCACAUCAUGUGGUUAAACAAUGACUGUUUAGCGAUAUAUUUUACAAGUUGCUUAUUUUACAUGCAUAAUUUUUAUUGUUUUCACGUAUGUAUAUGCUCAGAAAAUAGUGCUUAAGUCAAUUUACAUAUUUUUAUAAAUAAAAAUCAUUUUAUUCCCUUAGAGAAAAGAUUUGAAAAUACUAAAAAAGCAACUUUUUUUGUAGUUUUAACUUCUUAAUGAAAGUAUUGGAAUCAAAUCAUUUUCUUAACUUUUAAAUUAAUUUUAAAAAAAUACAGAUUUUUUUGGAAAAUCCAUAUACAGGGUGCUUAAAACACAUUUUUAGUCAAUAUUUCAAGAGAAAAUAUAGUUCGAUAUUUAGGUUGUGCAAGUAUUAAUUAGGGCUUACCUUAUUAAUGAAUGGGGAUAAAAACAAUAGCGGUGGUUUUGAAAUUGUUGCUCUCUUCGUUUUACAGCUUUAUUGUUUUUACAGAUUUACAAUUAAUGCUUAAACAGAGCCCUCCAAAGGUUUCAUUAUUUUCAAUAUUCAAUUUAUUGACUUGACAAUUAAUUAGUGCUUAAACAGAGCCCUCCAAAGGUUUCAUCAUUUUCAAUAUUCAAUUUAUUGACUUGACAAUUAAUUAGUGCUUAGAUAGAGCCCUCCAAAGGUUUCAUCAUUUUCAAUAUUCAAUUUAUUGACUUGACAAUUAAUUAAUGCUCAAAUAGAGCCCUCCAAAGGUUUCAUUAUUUUCAAUAUUCAAAUUAUUGACUUGACAAUUAAUUAGUGCUUAAAUAGAGACCUCCAAAGUUUCCAUCAUUUUCAAUAUUCAAUUUAUUGACUUCACAAUUGAUUAGUGCUUAAAUAGAUUGCCCUCAAAAGGUUUCAUCGUUUUCAAUAUUCAAUUUAUUGACUGGACUGGGCAUUGGCAUGAUGUCAUCAGUUUCAAUGAUAAAGGUACUGCUUUAGGUGAACUUCCCAUUUCUUGAGCUCUGUUUUUCUAAUGACACCCAAGGUUUACAAACAAUAUAUGAUGACAGUGUUUUCUGUAAAUGGAUCGAUGCAUCCAUAUAAAACAAGUUUAUUGUUAGAUAUUUUUUGUCAGACCUUCGCUAAAAUUUUAUGUUGUGUAGUAAUGCGUGUUCUCAUGGAAAGGCCAGUCAAAUUUAUGAUUAAUUGGUUUAUCAUAUAUAAUGCAUGCAUGACAUACUUAGUCUAUAUUUAGUCAUUGUUUAAAAUUAGUUUUUUUUUUUAACCAAUUACAAGAAGAAAUUGUUAUCUAUUUUGCUUCUUUUUUAAACCCUUUAAUUCUAAUUCUGACAAUAUGGCCCAAACAACACUUCUCUGUCUAUCAUGUGUGCACUUUGUCAAAUUGUCAGGCGUUCUCUUUUUUGUAUAUUUUUAUUCCAUUAAUUAUCACAAGACGUGGCAUGUAUACCCUUCAAUAUAUAACGGUCUUUUUCAGGAACUAAAAUAAUACAUCCUAACUUGAGUUUCAUUACAAGGUGUGGUGUAUUUGUUUAGUUAUGGUAAUUAAGAGUUAUAUAUUGAUCUGUAUGCAAUGGCUUGUGGUUACAUGCAUGUAGAUAGGGCAAAUAGAACUGGGGGCUGUUGAUUGUAUUGGAAAAGUCUGCAUGACGACAUCUCCGGGGAAAUGCAUUAUAAAUGUAGAUCUAAAAGCUUAUUGUCUGUCAUUUUUACUGUGGGUUGAAUUUGGAUUGGUUAAUAUAAAAUCAUGUGAUUAAUGCAUCCUGGCAGUCAUUCCAGAACGAAAGAGAAUUAAUGAAAAUAUUCAAUGUUUUUAUCUUGAUGAAUUCGUAAUUGUUAUUUCUCACAUGGCUUGUCUUUUAACACUUUGAAUUUAAAUCGACAAACAAUGUAGAUUUUCAGAACAGGUAUUGCAUUUCCGUGAUUUGUUGUCAAGAUUACAUUUUUUUAAUCGGAGCACUUCUUGGUGUGUUUUUUUGGUGCAGUUUCCCCCUUUCUCGACAUUGGUGCAGAUUAUUAUAUAUAUAUACCAUGUUGUUGUUACUAAGGUUGUCUGGAACCUUAAUUUGUAUUGUUAUCUAGGUUAAAUGGUGUCGGAAGUGAUGUCAUCAUCACGGAAGUGAUGUCAUCGUCACGUCUGCAACAUCUCAAUUUCAUAUUGUAGUUUAAUAUGUAUUUUAAUAAAAAAAAAUUUAAAUUAA